CUAGUUACGGUACUCCUCCACCCUACACCACUACACCUAGUUACUAUACCCGUCCACCCUACACCACUACACCUGAAUACGGUACACAUCCACCCUACACCACUUCACCUGGAUACGGUACACCUCCACCCUACACCACUACACCUGGAUACGGUACACCUGGAAGAUACUAUGGAGGAACAAGUGGCGCGUCAGAUAGCAGCUCCAUGAGUCAGCCACCAGUGCUCACGCCUUACGUUGUGCCAGACUUUAUGGUCACGUCAGGCAGGAACAACUCUGGUGUGUGUGAGAAGAACAUCGGCGAUCCUGAUGGAGACUGCGUGCCGGGGGAGGCCCUGAAGGACUACCCUUUGUAUCACGUCGUCCCUAGCACCGCCUUCUCCUGCAACGACAGGUCCCCUGGUUUCUACGCUGACGAAGAAGCUCAGUGUCAAGUUUGGCACAACUGUACACCGGGAGGGCAGCAGGUGUCGUUCCUCUGUCCUGCUGGCACCAUCUUCAACCAGCGACACUUCAUCUGUGACUGGUGGUACAGCACUGAUUGUACCAAGACCCAGGACUACUACCACCUUAACGAAUUCUUCUACAAGACUUACACGCAGGUACACACUCGUCAGGAUGACACAGCUAGUAAUGGUCUCUAUGUUGCUCCAGCUUAGUUUCCUUCACUGUUACACAUUUUCCUCAUAUCACUCAAAAGUUUCCCCCGGUUUGUGGCAAACUUUCCACAGCGUACAUAUGUAUGAACUUGUAGACCACGUGGGAAAAAAAUGCAAUAUUGGUUCAUAUUCGUGAUCUCUUCAUACAUACUGUACUGUAUGUAGUACUAGAGUAGUUUCCAGUUGGAAGCGUCCUGGAGGACAUGAAUAUAGUGAAGGCUUUAUUCCUGUCCGUCAUCACCUGAUUGUGUUGGCCGCCAUGACACCAAUACUAGAUCAUCAAGGACAACAACUUGAAUUUUCCCUCUAGAGAUGUGAAAACGCAACGGCUCAAGGAUGACUACAAUAUAGUAGAGAUUAUACCAAGACAACUGUAACUACAAUAGGUUGGGUCUUUUUUUUUGUCUACUGCAGGAAUACGAUAGGUGAGGGAUGACCACGGCACCCUGGGACAUUCCAAAGUGAUAAUUGCUAACUCUCUCUUCUCUUUGGCUUUUCAUAUAUUUUAAUUUAAGCUACUGCCAUACAUUCUCAGCAUCUUUAAGAUUUACUGAUGUAAGAUGAACCGACUAUUGUACAGAUGAAAAGGUCACUGUCUGCAAGAAUCAAAAUUUCUUCAUGGCCGUUUAGCACGUUUCUUAUCUUCCGCUGUUUUACAAAAAGACUUCGUGCCCCUCACAUACAAUGCCAAAAGGAACAAUUUAAUUAGAUGAACGACUGUUGCAGAUGUUUGCGUCUGUCAGUUAGUUUACUCGGCAGCUGGACUAUUCCACCCAGUAUUCGCGAAGGCUUCAUCCUGCUGGUGACUGAUGUACCAAAAAAACUGUUAUACUAAGGUCUUUCGGCAAAGUAAAUACAGAACACAGAGUUAUUUAUCAGCCGAAGAGAAGAAACUUGUAUUCAUAUCACAUAUGUUGUCAUUAAUUUACUUUGUAUUUUGAACUGACAUAAAGCAAAAGGCGGAGAUUUAGCUAGUCACGUACUGUACGCUAAGUUUGUUAUUUUGGUGUUAACUGUAAUAAGGUUAAGUAGUUGUCUUGUACGGAUAGUAAUUACAAACACGAGUGGAUGAGUUUGUUUGUCUAUAUUGUUUAUAUGUCAGUUAUUAUGUUGUUCGUCUUGUGUGGACACCUUUAUUAGUAUCCUCUGUAUUAUAUAUAAUAAACUACAUAAAUAUAUA